UUCACCCUUCGUCCGUUAGGAAAAAGGGCGCAGCCAUGGGUAUCGACCUCAAGGCGGGUGGCCGCAGCAAGAAGGUGCACCGCACCGCCCCUAAGAGCCAGAAUGUGUACCUGGCCCUGCUGGUCAAGCUCUACCGCUUCCUGGUGAGGCGGACGGAGAGCAAGUUCAACAAGGUCAUCCUCAAGCGCCUGUUCAUGUCCAAGACGAACAGGCCGCCCCUGUCCCUCUCCAAGCUCGCGGCGUUCAUGAAGGGCAAGGAGUCCAAGGUGGCCGUGAUCGUGGCCACCGUCACCGACGACGUGCGUCUGUUCGAGGUGCCCAAGCUCCGCGUGUGCGCUCUGCGCUUCACGGAGACCGCCCGCGCCCGCAUCACCAAGGCCGGCGGUGAGUGCCUGACCUUCGAUCAGCUGGCUCUGCAGCGCCCCACCGGCAAGGACUGCGUCCUGCUGCGCGGCCCCAAGAGCCAGCGCGAGGCCUGCAAGCACUUCGGCCCCGCGCCUGGUGUGCCCGGCUCCACCACCAAGCCGUACGUGCGCGCCAAGGGCCGCAAGUUCGAGAAGGCCCGUGGCCGCCGGAAGAGCCGCGGCUUCAAGGUGUAAGCCUGUCAAGCAGCUGCUUCAAGUGCUGGGGUGUCUGCUGUGGCAGGAAGAAGUGCGACGUCCAGAGCGCAACCUCUGGCGAUGGUGUAACGGGAGUCUGUCGCGAACCUCCACGCCGCUUCCGGCGGCGUGCGCGCCGCUUGCGUCUUGGCUGGGGUUGGUUGGGCGACGGGAUGCAAGCCACAUCGCAGCGCAGCCUGGUUUGUACGGCAGGACGCAUAUCCUAAGCCGACCAGUUGAUUGGGCGGUGCUGGGUGUGUGAUGGGACAGUGGUAAGGCAAGUUGGUAAAGUCCCCUAGGGUGCAGCUGAUUCCCAGAACCCAACAAAUGGCAUACAAUUGGCAGCGGCAGGGCAGGGCUGGGCGGUGCUGGGUAUACGUCAGCGGCAGCCGAAAGCACAUGAGCAGAGCAACGUGCAGCGACAUAGCGGAACCUGUGUCCAGCCGGGCUUUUGGGGUGAGCUUCAACGUACCAGCCGCUCGCACGGGAUGGACGACAGCCGGAUGGCCCAUGUUCCCAAAAUACUUCGCGUAGGGAGGCGGGGGUUACGCCAGGCGCACUGGUGGCGCCAGGCACUGACUAAGCCAGCAAAGCACG